CGCGCGAUAGUGUACUGUGCUGUGCUGUGCAUUACGUUAUUUUUGUACUCGUGUGCUCCUUUUUAACGGAUUGCAUUAAAAACGUUACUUGGAAGCUCACUUUGUGUUACAUGAGAUAAAAAUUUAAUGGAAUAGUUACUUUUAGUUUUCCGUUGUUUGAAACAAAACUGUGGUCGAAUUUUUCACAUGUUUCCUGAUUUCUACUGAUGUGCAUCGGAAAAAAGAUAACCAGCGAUUAAUAAAGUGUAGACAAAUCAAUUUAGUUAUUAGUAUUUCUAAAACAAUAAUGUAAAAUAUAUUGUAAAAUAAUAAUUUAUGUUUCUAAAAUAACAAAGUAGGAAGUUAAAAUCGAAAUAAGUUGAUAGUGUUAAGUGAUGUGGGGGUGUAUCGAGUUUAGAGCGAGAUAGCGAUGUUGCUGUCCUUUUCGCACGGACGUUAGAGCGAGAGGAUGGCGCCGUCCCGCUUGCACGUCGUCUUCUGUCUCCUUCUCUUCAGCGAGAGUCUGGAAGAAGUUCUUAUUGAGGAGUCGACCAAUAUAGAGUCGCUGCACGCGCCGCGCGGCGGGUCGGUUGAGCUGCCGUGUGACGUGACGCCGUCCCUGUCCGGGGACAGCAUGGCGCUCGUCAUCUGGUACAAGCAGGGACACGACGCGCCCAUAUACUCGCUGGACUCCCGAGACGGCGUGACGUCACACUGGUCGGACCCUACCACGCUGGGACCACGAGCCUCCUUCAGGACCAACGCGCCAGCUGUGCUGGUCCUCACUAGAUUAAGGGCCGAAGACAGCGGACAGUAUCGAUGUAGAGUGGACUUCGUCAAGUCACCAACGAAGAACACAAGACUAAACUUAACAGUUCUCAUUCCACCUGAUCGUCUCAUGAUCCUGAACCACGAAGGUGAUGAGAUCCGCAACGGAGUCCUGGGUCCGUAUGAUGAAGAUACCGAUGUCAACCUCACCUGUAUAGCCAUUGGAGGUCGUCCUCCAGCGCGUGUGUCUUGGUGGAAGUCUCACGCGUUGCUGGCCAACUCCGAGACCAGAGCCAGCGUCAGCUUCCCGCUGCGCCGCGCCGACUACGGCACCAACGUCACGUGCCAGGCUGUCACAGAUCCAUCAUUGGCGCCAGUGUCAGAAACUCUCACCAUCGAUGUUAAUUUGCACCUCCUCUGGGUCCGUCUGCUGGGCGGUAAGAGGCCGCUGGUGGCGGGAGUGAGCACGGAGCUGGUGUGCCAGGCGGUCGGCGCCCGACCCAAGCCCAGCAUCUCCUGGUGGAAAGGUGGGGUGCGGCUGACGACGGUGCGGGAAACGGUGUCCCCUGAUGGCAACGUGACCAGCAGCAUCCUGACGCUGGUGCCGUCCAUCGACGACGCCGGGAGAGUGCUCUCCUGUCGCGCCGUGCAGCCCACCGUGCCGCACUCCACCCGGGAGGACGGCUGGAAGCUGGAGAUACAGCAUCUGCCGGUGGUGUCGCUGCGGCUGGGCGCCAACCUCGACCCGGGCGCGCUGGUGGAGGGCUCCGACGUGUACCUGGACUGCGCCGUCCGCGCCAACCCCUGGCACACCAGCGUCCACUUCACGCACAACGGUGUGGUGGUGAAGCCUGGUCCCGGGGUGCUGGUGGCCAACCAGAGCCUGGUGCUGCAGCGCGUGGGGCGGCGCGCGGGCGGCGCGUACGCCUGCGCCGCCAGGAGCGCGCUCGGCCAGGGCGCUAGCGAGCCGCUGCUGCUCGACGUCAAGUAUAGUCCAACGUGCAACAUACACCAGCCCAAAGUGAUAAGAGCCGCCAGAGGAGAGACCGUGCAGAUUGAGUGUGAUGUGGACGCUAACCCUAAGGAGCCCAUGACGUUCACGUGGUGGUUCAACAGCUCGACACACGAGAGGCAAGAGCUACCCGUCUCAGCCAACAUGCACGGUGAUAUGAGUACCUACACCUACCUGGUCAACUCGUCCCACUCGUUCGGCUGGGUCCAGUGCGCCGGCGCCAACGCCGUGGGCCGACAAGUGACGCCGUGCGUCUUCACUAUACUGCCUGCCGAGAAACCAGCUGCGGUGUCAAGCUGUCAACUCGGCAACGUGACGGUGAGCUCCGUGACGCUGGCGUGCACGCCGGGACACGAUGGAGGACUGAAGCAGGCCUUCGUGUUGCACGUAUACGACAUAGAAACCGGUGUUCUCCUCCGAAACGUGAGCAAUGAUGAGCCGAGUUUCGUUGUCUGGGGUUUGGACUCCAAUGGAGUCCGAUUGUCCAUCAGAGCCUUCAACAGACAGGGCGAGAGUGAUCCCUUCACCCUAACCACGAGUCUACUGAAGAAUCCGCAGAAACAAACAGCCCACGUGCCGGUCAAGGUUGAGCUGUCGUCUGUCCUCGUGCUAGUGUUGUGCGUCGUCGCCGUGGUAGCAACUGUGACAGCACUAGCCGCCGUAGUGAUGUGCCUGAGAUACUAUAAUAAGAAGCAUGAUAACAAAGACAAAACGAAUCGGAAACAAGACACGACUGCCAACAAGCUGCUGACUGAGUCUGAAGAUGCAGACAAUGACAAGAAUCCAGAUAUAAUACCGAUUGAGAGCAAAAUAAGCGACACUUGUUCGAAUAUGUCGUCGAAUACGGACCACUCUGUAAGGCCUCUCAUUAGGACCGAGAAAUAUGACGAACCAAUCAGCUACGAGAGAUACUACGAUUGCAACCAGUACGCCGAAAGACCGGAAUUCAGAAGAUACGUAGGACCACACCUGCAAAAUUUAGGACCAAGUGUGCAAAGUGUGGGACCAGGUGCGCAAAGUGUAGGACCAGGUGUGCAAAGUGUUGGUCCGAAUAUGCCAAGUGUGGCGUAUAUGCCAAGUGGUCCUAAUAUGACAAUAAAUCAUGAAUGUAUGUCAUACGACAAAGUGUAUGAAGACUGGUUGAAGUACAAAAAUUCUUUGCCUGUUAAUACAGGACUGCAAUUCCUCCCACCAUCGCCAUUCCCACCGCGGUCGUUGUACGCGCAACCUCGGUCUCUGCGGCUGGUGGACAUGCCAGAUCCCAACCGAACUGACUCUCCUCUGUCAGCUGACACUGCUGUCUACUACAGCAAGAGCGUACACGACAGAGCGAGUACGCUGCCACAUCGAAAACCUAAGGGUAAUAUUAUAUCAGAGCUUAAUCCUGGUGACCAAGAUACGCAAGGGAAGAGUGAGUUUUGAAUUUAUUUAUAAUAAGUUCGAGGAAAUUGAAUGCUUAGCCACCCUAAGAUCAGCAGGGCUAAAAUGGUCGCUUUGAAGAAUCAUGAUAUGA